CCCUUCUGCUGCUGAUCACUUACAAUCUGACAACACUUCCAAUCUACCCAGAACAACCCCUGUCUCCAGCAGAGAGUGUCACCUCCUGCCUUGGGACCUUCAAGCUCUGCUUCGCUGGAGUUCACUCUGCCUGCAGGAUCACAUUGCAAGGCUUUGCCUCUUCUCCACCUUGCCUGGGGAUAAAUCUGUCUGCGAAAUCUCAGACAGUCAAAUUCCAUCCUGUCUCUUUCAUCAGGAAUUUUCGUAGGAGCUGUGCUGGGAACCUACGAUGAUACACCAAGCUAUUGUGCAGCCACCUGUCAACACUUUGGACGGGCAUUUCUUCAGGUCAUGACCUCUGGAAUUAAGAAAUUCUUCAAGAUAAUGUUGAGUAUGAUCCAAGAGAAAAUGUGAUUUGAGUCUGGAGUCAACUGUGCAUAUUACCCUAGUACUAAAAAUCCAGGAUAGCUGAUAGAAGAGAGCACAUUAUUUGGAAGAUUGCUACAAUUAACAGGAGAAAUUGCUCCCAAGUGAGCCUGGCAAGAGUGUGUGAUUCACACAGCGUAUUUCAUUUGGCCUCCAAUGAUGGAGAGAAAGUACAUACUGUGUUUUCUAUUUCUCUUGCCCUUUUUAAUGACUCUAGUUACAGCAGAACCAGAAGAAGAAGAAGAAGAAGAAGAAGAAGACCCUGAUGACUUAAUUCAGUUGGGGGUUACUAGGAAUAAAAUCAUGACUGCACAAUACGAAUGUUACCAAAAAAUUAUGCAGGACCCUAUUCAACAAACAGAAGGGCUUUACUGCAACAGGACCUGGGAUGGAUGGCUGUGCUGGAAUGAUGUUGCAGCCGGAACAGAAUCAAUGCAACACUGCCCUGAUUACUUCCAGGACUUUGAUCCUUCAGAAAAAGUUACAAAGAUAUGUGAUCAAGAUGGAAACUGGUUUAGACACCCAGCAAGCAACAGAACUUGGACAAAUUAUACCCAGUGUAAUAUUAAUACACAUGAGAAAGUGAAGACUGCCCUGAAUUUGUUUUACCUGACAAUAAUUGGACAUGGUUUAUCUAUUGCAUCACUGCUCAUCUCCCUAGGCAUAUUCUUCUAUUUCAAGAGCCUCGGAUGCCAGAGGAUUACCUUGCACAAAAAUCUUUUCUUCUCUUUUGUUUGUAACUCUGUUGUAACAAUCAUCCACCUCACUGCAGUUGCCAACAACCAGGCCUUAGUGGCCACCAAUCCGGUGAGUUGUAAAGUGUCUCAGUUUAUUCACCUUUACCUAAUGGGCUGCAAUUACUUCUGGAUGCUCUGUGAAGGGAUUUACCUGCACACACUCAUCGUUGUGGCUGUGUUUGCUGAGAAGCAACACUUAAUGUGGUAUUAUUUUCUUGGCUGGGGAUUUCCACUGAUUCCUGCUUGCAUCCAUGCCAUUGCCAGAAGCUUAUAUUACAAUGACAAUUGCUGGAUCAGUUCUGAUACCCAUCUCCUCUAUAUUAUCCAUGGUCCUAUUUGUGCUGCUUUACUGGUGAACCUUUUCUUCUUAUUAAAUAUCGUACGUGUUCUCAUCACCAAGUUGAAAGUUACCCACCAAGCCGAAUCCAAUCUCUACAUGAAAGCUGUGAGAGCUACGCUCAUUCUUGUGCCACUGCUUGGCAUUGAGUUUGUGCUGAUUCCAUGGCGACCUGAAGGUCGAAUUGCAGAGGAAGUGUAUGACUACAUCAUGCACAUUCUUAUGCACUACCAGGGUCUUUUGGUUUCUACAAUUUUCUGCUUUUUUAAUGGAGAGGUUCAAGCAAUUCUGAGAAGAAACUGGAAUCAAUACAAAAUCCAGUUUGGAAACAGCUUUUCCCACCCAGAUGCUCUCCGUAGUGCAUCUUACACAGUGUCCACAAUCAGUGAAGUCCCAGGCUAUAGUCACGACUGUCCUACUGAACACUUAAAUGGUAAAGGCUUCCAGGAUAUUGAAAACGUCGUCUUAAAGCAAGAGAAGCUAUAUGACUUAGUUAUAUGAACACAGAGGGAUCAUUGCCAGGUUUGUGCCACUCUUACUUACUACAGGACUUAGAAGCAUGAUUUUCCAGCCAGAAGAUUUCAGUAUUAAAUGAAUUCCUUGAGAUACCAUGAAGGAAGCUCUCCCAUUAAACGAUGAUUCUGUGGAUAAAAUAUUAAGCAACAAUCACUGUGUGAAUAGAAAGGCCCUGACUUACAUUUGCUAGUAAAUAACUAGACUGUGGUUGAUUUAAAACCUGACAUCACUGAAUGUGAAAUUGGGUGGAGGGAGUUAAAGACAAUCAACUUGUAAGCUGAUGUGGGUCAGCUCUAGCUUAUCACUGCAUGAUGUCACAGAUGAAAGACUAUGCAAGUUCAUAUAUGCACUGGGUAUAACUCUACUCCUGUCCCCUCAGGACAACUAGCUAAAUCUUAUAUACACAAAAAGAAAAGUCUCAAGCUUUUCUCCCAUUUAAGGUGCAGUUCUUUGGUUGAAUACACAUACAUACACAUAAACACAAACAUAUAUACUUUAUCACUGGACCACUUUUGGUAGUAUCCUCUCACAUUUACUAAGGCAUUAAUUCUACCAUAGGCUAACCAUGUGUUGAUAGAUCACAGCUACAUCCCGAGACAUACCAUUUUUGAGAUCUAAUAAAUAGGAUGUACUAUAUGCAAUCCUACUUCUGUAUGCUUAGGAGAUAUCCUAAUAUUACAACAUGCCUUGUCCAGAGCUACUUCCCUACCUUACUAUACAAGUUGGAGGGAAUUUCCCUGUAUCUGUAAAUACCCUUCCAUUUCUACUAUGUAGACAACUUAGUUAUAAUUUUACAUGAAGGAAAUCAAUGAAGGAUUUCAUAUUACCUUGGACAUUUAUACAAAAUGAUUGCUGUGAGCUUGUAAAUACUCCACUGGUUUAUUUCUAAGUGUUAAAUCACAUAUAGACAACCAAGGUAAUUCAUUGCUUUAAAGCAGAUAAAUACUACAAUGAUGGAAAAAUGUUAUACCUGAUACUGUGUCUGGGCAGAUUUUACAACAUAGAAUCUGGAAUUCUAUAUUUGGUAAAUAUUUUAAGGACAACCAGAUGCCAGCAUCAGAAGUUAGUAUAGAAAUUUAAAAACUAGAAAUUUCUGCGGUGAGAAAUAAAAUAUUUAUUUAAAAGUGUAUGGCUGUUAUUUUGACUCAUCAUCUUUGAAGAGUCAUACCUUUCUCCUUCCAUUUUGAUAAUGAGCUCAAUCAAAUCUAGAAAAAUUUUCACAACUACUGUAAUAAAUGCCAAUGUGUUACCCUUUCUUAUUUUACUCCAUUAGAAUAUCAUUUUGUUGACUUUUACUAUUGAUGAUACAUGCAUUGGCAGCAUCUCACAUUACUAAAGGAAAAAACAACAAAGCAAUGCAAUACACAUGCUAUAAAAUGUUUCAAUGUUUAAUGUACUACUGUAUAUGAUAUUACACACCACUAAAGGACUUGAAUGAUUCAUUGAGGAAGAAUCAUCAGACAUUUAUUGGGUAAUUAAAUUAAGGUGGAAGAGAGCCUCUCUAAUCAAAGAAAGUGACACUUAAGGGAUUCAGUUAUUUGAUUAUUACUUUCUACUGGAAUGUUUGAAGAACAAGAAUAACUUCAACUAAUUAAAGUAAGUUUGGGGAGAAAUCAUGUAAAUGGAUUAGAGAUUUGACAUUAUAAAUCAUUCCCCAAACCUUUAGUAGAUAAUGAGUUCAAACUUUAUUUAAAAUUGUCAGAUCAAUGGGAAUGGGAAUAUUAAAUGGCCUAAUAAAAACACUUGUUAUUUAUCUUUACAUGUAAAGGUAUCAUUACAUUAGUAUAAAAUUUAUGGAUUUCAUAGCAAAUUAUGACAAAAAAGGAACACAGGUUGUUCUCACUUUUUAACUGCCUAAAUUAUGCUACAAAUUUUCUUACUAAAAUCUAAAUUUAGUUAUUUAUUACUCAGAAAUACAUAAUUCAUAUUCUUUACUGACAAUGUUCAUAUAUAGUUCAGCUGAUACCCUAGACCAACUGUCAACUUCUAGCCAUAAAUGACAGUAGGAAAUGUUGAAUUACAAGAGAACAUGUAUUUUUGUUGUGUUUUAAUCCUGUUAAGUGCAAUUAUUUCUCAUUUUGUCAAGGUUUGUCUGCUGUACCACUUUCAGUUAUAACAGACUGUGAUUAAACAGUAUUAAUUUUGUACCCAUAUAUUUUUAAGGAAUAAUAUUUUUGAAUGUUAAACUUCUUUACAUCUAAGGAGCUAAUUGUGAUCUUUCUGUAUUACAUGUGAAGAAAACUGAUCUGAUACUUUUGUAAAGCAAUCUUGUUUAGUAUCUAAAAUCUAAAUUUUUGGAAUGCCUAGCUUUUAAAAUUGUAGAUCUGCCAUUUUUCUGGAAUUACUUGUGAAAGUCACAUUUUAAUUUUCUAAAAACUUCUGUCAUUUUUUAAAGCUUACUUUCUAGUGGAUAAAUUCAUAAAAUAUUCAUUUUAGAAUUUAGUGUUUGUUCAACUGUAAUCCAGUGUACAUAGACUUAGGAGCAGCUGUAGUGCUGUAUUUAUUGCUUAUGAGUGUUAAUGUGAAUUUAUUUUAAUAAUCUCCUGACUUUAAUCUGCUAAUAGAAACAGCUGUAAAACAUAUACAAGAUAUUCUAAUUAAUUAAAAUAACUCAUGUUUUACAUAUCUAAAACGUCUCUGUUUUGAUUUUAUAAAAAUAGAAAAAGUAUAAGUUUAUGUCAUUUUAUCUUCCUAUCUACUUAAAUAUUAAAUGAUCCAUUUAUGUUUAAAAUACAACAGUGAAGUGGUUCUUG